AUGCCUUCCGAUCUCUCGCUCUGGACACCGCUGGCGGUGGCAAAAAGACAAGGGCUUUCGUUUUUGUUCACGUCUAUCCAGAAGGGUCCUCCAAGAGACCUUGUCUAUCGUGGUCACCGACCAAUAAUCUCUGAGGAGUUUUUUUUUUUGGCAACCUCAAGCCUGAUGACUGUGCGUCCAUGUGGAUCUGCAUUUUUCCGCGCCUCAACCGGAUGGCAGCCUGAUUGCGACACCUCUCGAGGCAGGGACAGCGCAUGGCUCGUCAUCCCGUUGGUGCCUGCAAGAAAAUGGCAUAUAUAUCGACCGUCUCGGGUAAAAGUCACGCCGCUUGUUUCGACAGGCAGAAGCGCUGGGUGGUUCGGAAGCGGGAAUUCUCGAAGCUCCGGAAGACCCACAGCAGCGGAGGGAAAAGGAAUCCUUUUCCGGAAGGAUUCUUGGCACAGGGAUGAGUGCUAUGCCAAGGAUCUGAAGAACACGCGAUUGGGGAAACGAAACAAUGAACCCACACCCCACGAGCUGGGCUAUGCUGCUACAGGAAUUGAUUGUGAAUGCUUGCCCUCCGAAGAAAUUUACCAGCCUUGA